GUGUGAGGAAUUCAGACUCUGGACUGCAAGCCGAAAUGAUUUUGGAGAUUUUACUGUGUGUUCCUUUAGUUGUUUUCCUCUUUUCCAAAUUAUGGAAAAUUGUGGAUCGUCGAUACUUUAUCUUAAGUCUGUGUAAGAGAAUUCAGACAGUAGACGGUAGUCCGCUGGAGAGCAAGAUUUUCGUAACACCAACAAAAACCCGAUUUGGCAACAACUUUGACCUGUUGAGUUUUACGCCCGCUAGUGUCUUUAACUUUAUGCGGAAUGCAGCUGCUCAGGCUGAGGGGCGAAAUUAUCUAUGGUAUUUCUUCAGGGCACCCAUGUACAAUGUCGUCCGUGCGGAGGAAGCCGAGGAAAUAUUUCAAAAUCCCAAGCUUAUCACCAAAAAUGUGAUCUAUGAGUUGCUCAGGCAGUUUUUAGGUGAAGGAUUACUAAUUAGUACGGAUAAAAAAUGGCACAGCAGGCGCAAAACUCUAACACCUGCCUUCCAUUUCAAUGUCCUGCAGUCUUUCCUCGCCAUAUUCAAAGAGGAGUGCCACAAGCUUGUAAAAGUCUUGAAUCAGAGUGUGAAUAAAGAAUUGGAACUGAAUCAGGUUAUUCCACAAUUUACGUUAAACAAUGUUUGCGAAACCGCAUUGGGUGUAAAAUUGGAUGACAUGGCCGAUGGCUUUCGAUAUCGCAAAUCCAUACACGCCAUCGAAGAGGUCAUACAGCAGCGUAUAUGCAAUCCUCUAUUGUACAACAUCGUCUACUUCUACCUCUUUGGGGAUUAUAGGAAGCAUGUGGAUAAUCUGAAGAUAGCCCAUGACUUCUCCAGUCGCAUUAUAAAGAAAAGGAGAGGUCUUUUCAAGAGCAAGCAGAUUGGUCAAGUGGAUGAAGAUGUGCUGGGCAAGAAGCAGCGAUAUGCCAUGCUGGACACCUUGCUAGCCGCUGAGGCAGAGGGACAAAUAGAUCAUCAGGGAAUCUGCGAUGAAGUCAACACCUUUAUGUUCGAAGGAUACGACACCACGUCUACUUGUCUCAUCUUUACAUUCCUCUUACUGGGGCUGCACCAGGACAUCCAACAGCGCUGCUUCGAGGAGCUGGAGAAUCUUCCCGAGGAUAGCGAUGAGAUCUCGGUGUUCCAAUUCAACGAACUUGUGUACUUGGAGUGUGUUAUAAAGGAAUCGCUGAGAAUGUAUCCGUCGGUGCCCCUUAUAGGGCGAAAAUGCAUGGAUGAGUGUGUGGUCAAUGGUUUGAUCAUGCCCAAGGAUACCCAGAUCAAUUUGCAGAUCUACGACAUCAUGAGAGAUCCUCGUCACUUUCCGAACCCAAAUGUCUUUCAGCCGGAGCGUUUUUUGCCGGAGAAUACGGUAAAUCGCCAUCCCUUCGCCUUUGUACCCUUCAGUGCGGGUCAAAGGAAUUGCAUUGGACAGAAGUUUGCCAUCCUGGAGAUGAAGGUUCUACUGGCAGCUGUUAUAAGGAGCUUCAGGAUUCUACCUAUCACUAGUCUAAAGGACCUGAUCUUUGAGAACGGAAUUGUGUUGCGUACGCAUCAGAAUGUCAAGGUGAAGUUGUUGCAAAGGGAAAGGAAUUAAUGGGGGAAUAAAUUCUAAAAUACAAUUGUAAAUUGUUUUUUUUUU